UGUGCCUGGAGCCUCUCCGGUGCUCAGGCUCCUUCGUCGCUGUGGCCCUCUGCAGGAGUGACCGGCCCCACCACUCAGAACCGGCCCACGCAGGAAGGAGGCUGUCGGGAGGAAAUCGGGGUCCCUCCCGCCGCUCUCACAUCUCGUUGCUGUGGGCUGGGACGCAGACCACGUGGCUCCGUAGGUGCCGACAUGAGCCAUAGCUCGAACUGGACCGCCCCGCAGGAGUUCAUCAUCCUCGGCUUCUCCGGGUGGCCCCAGUGGCUCCGGGUGCUGCUCUUUGCCCUCCUCCUGCCACUCUACCUGGCGACCCUGGCAGGAAACCUGGUAAUCCUGGGCCUGGCGGUGGCGGACGCCGCCCUGCACACGCCCAUGUACUUCUUCCUGGGGGCGCUGUCCGCCGUGGAGGCGGCUUACACGCUGGUGCUCACUCCGCGCAUGCUGGCUGGCUUCCUCCUGCCUCCCGGCGGCCAGGCGGUGGCCCCCUCUACCUGUGCCGCCCAGAUGGGCCUCUUCGUGGCGCUGGGUGGCUCCGAGUGCCUGCUGCUGGCUGCCAUGGCCCUGGACCGCUACCUGGCCAUCUGCCGCCCCCUCUACUACCCUCAGCUCAUGACCCAGGGGCUCUGCUGGCGCCUUUUGGUCUCCUGCUGUGCCGGAGGCUCCGUCCUGGCCGCGGGCCUCACCACGGCCAUCUUCCAGCUGUCCUUCUGCAGCGGCAUGGUCAACCACGUCUUCUGCGACCUGCCAGCCGUGCUGGUAUUGGCCUGCGGGAGCCGCGACCUUCAGGAGCACGUCCUGCUGGCAGCCUGCCUGCUGCUGCUGGUGCUGCCCCUGGCCCUGAUCCUGCUCUCCUACACCCGGGUGCUGGUGGUCAUUCUGGGCGUGGGCGGGGCCGCGGGCCGCCGGAAGGCCUUCAACACAGUGGCGUCGCAUCUCACGGUGGCUGUGCUGCACUACGGCUGCGCCACGGUCAUGUACGCCCGGCCCCUGCGCAGCCGCAACCUGGAGGAGGACAAGCUGGCGUCCCUCAUCUACAUCAACCUCACACCACUGCUGUACCCGGCCAUCUACACGCUGCGGAACCGCGACGUGCAGGGCGCGCUGCAGCGCGUGCUCAGCCCCGGGACGCGGGGGACCGCCCACCAGGCUGGGGUCGCCUAAUGCUGGCUGCCAGGUGGCGUCUGUUCUGAAUCUCCCUCACUGAUUGACGGAGACCUCGCCGUCCCAGAGCCACGAUGGCUCCGCAUGCCGCCGGGACAGAACCUGGAAAGCGUUUAUGGACGUUUGGAACUGGAUGAGCCCGGCUCGGGGAGGACCUGUGUGCAAUGCAGGAUGGUUAGCAGCAUCGCUGUCUCUGCCCACUAGGUGGCAGUAGCACGCACCACUCCCAAGCUGGGAUCGGCAAAAAGGUCAUCAGACAUUAUUGCCCAGCGUCCUCUGGGGGGGCGGAAUCACCGCCGGUUAGGAACCUCUGCUCCAAACUCGAGCCACAAAGUAUCUUUUGAAGGGAAAUGAGUGCUAAUGCACAAGGAGUUCAUAACAGACAAAAACUUGAACACAAUCCAAAUGCUCAUGGCCGUGAUAGAGGCAAAUGACGCAGCUCAUAGUCAUGCGGCGGGAUAAGACACGGCGACCAGAAAGACCGGCCUGCUGUUACCAGCC